AUGCCAGGCGACCACCGGACCAUCAUUCCAAUCUCCGAGAUCAGCACAGGCAAUCACCACAGCCACCACUCGGUCAAGGGCACAGUGAUACACAAAGGUCCCCUGGUGUCGUCCUCAACUUACCACUUCAUCCUGAAGGCUGUCAUUGCAGACAAUGCCGAAGCUGAGGGAUCGUCCAUCAAUAUCGUUAUUUUGGGGACGCUGGCCAAAGACUUCUCUCAGGCUGUCAAUGAAAAGGAUGUGGUGAUAGCCUCAGGCUACACGGUGGGCAAAUCUCCCACGGCGCGUAAAGACAAACGGCACGUGUGCAACCUGCUGCUGUCGGGAGACCAAGCCCAAAUUCAUCUUUUAAGUACUCCAAAGUACAAGUACGUCAAGCUCUCCGACCUAAAUGCUGGAGCUGUUGUUAACGUGUACGGCGUGGUGGUGUUCUUCAAACAGCCCUACAAGAGUCGCGGCACAGAUUUUUGCUCCAGUCUAAAGAUCACUGAUCAAUCGGAGCAAAAGAUCACCUGCACCAUUUUCUGUAGUAAACCGGAAUCGCAUCCACAAAUCUUCCAGAUCGGCGACAUUGUGCGCUUACACAGAGUCAAGAUUCAACCUUACAAAGAUUCCGUAACACUGAUGAACAGCUUCGGCUUUUCUGCAUUGGCCUUUAGCGGGAAAGUGGACGCUGACACUGAGCCUCGGACCUCCAGCAAAACUUUCCACUUUACAGAAGAGGACCGUCGCACAGUGACAGAGCUGCGCUCCUGGGCAGCAGACCAGAAUCUGAUGUCCGAGGAUCUUAACGUCCGUCUCUCUGGCGCCCAGCCCAAAACGUAUUUCAACCUUACCUGCCAGCUGCUUGCCAAAGCACCUGUUCACUCCACCUGCACUCUGCUCAGGGUGUGGGAUGGCACUCGAUGUCCCUACGCUCUGCUAAAGGUGACAGUGAAUGCCAACAUCAUUGAGGGAACAACAUCCUUCUCAGAGGAGCGUGAGAAGCUCAUUGCUAACGUGUUGGUGUUUGACAACCACGUACAGUGCACUAAGAAUCUCAAGCCUGGAGACUUCUUGAGGAUAUUCAACCUACGAGCCAUCCCUGGUUCCAUCAGGCUUCCCGGGGUGAGGAGCAGCCAGGUAGAGGAGAUCAACCACCUUUCCUUCCACCUGCACGGCGGUACGGCGUACGGAAGGGGCAUACGCAUCCUGCCCGACAACUGCACUGACGUUCAGGAGCUGAAGAGGAUAAUGAAGGUUUUCCAUGAAAACAUGGAGUUAAAUCAGCCUGAAGUCAACGACUCAGCAAUGUGGGAUGCGUGGAAUACGCCUCCACAAUCUCCAGUGAAAGGGGCUUCAGUGGAGUUCAGCACAGAGAGAACAUGUGAUCACGAACUUCAGCCCGUGACCCUGAGCGAACUGAAGCAUUGCACGCCAGGCAGUUUUCAUCACGUCAGAGCCCAGCUACGAUCCUAUGAGCCAUCGAGACUCCACCAAGUGCUCAAACUUUAUUGCAGCAAGUGCCAAUCCAUGCAGGACAUCCCUGACAACAAGCUUGUGUCGAAAGUGUUUUCCGAGGCUUCGACCGUACCAAACGGUCCCCCCAGCCCCCCGGAUUGGUGCCUGUCCGGACAGGUUCAUUUGCCAGGGGAAUCGGAGCCAGGACCAGGUGGUCGCACGCUCAAUGUCCAUCUGUCCGCACAGCUUACAGUUGAGGGAAGGUCAAAGGAGCUCAUCUUCCUCACAGGUUGCACACCACUGGAAGCAUGUCACCUAGCCACCACGUUCACAAAUGUGAUCCCUGUCAGGUCAUUGCCGGGGGGUCAGCUGGAUUUGCUUGACCUGAGUGUGCCAUUCCUUUUCCGUGGAAGGAAGAGGUUUUACGGGUGUAAGCAGUGUUCCAAGGGAGCCGCUGUCAGAGAACCAAAAGCAGACGGAGACAAUAUCAUAGAUGAAAAGAAAAUCGCUGAAGCAUUUGGCAUUCAGCUCCUGAAGUUUGUCCUGCUACUGACGUUCCACCUGCAAGAUGCCACUGACAAACUUGAUGCCUACCUGUUGAGAGAGUCGGAACACUUCUUCAAUGUAUCGACGGAGGAGACCGCUACCAAACAAGAGGUUCAGGACAGAAUCAGUCGAACAUUGAACUACUAUUGCCCACCAGAGGGCAACGCAGAUGAACGUCCGUGGCUCGAUUUGUGUUUGGCGGCAUACAGAACUUACAUGGACGAAAACAAAAAAGUCUACUUUCAGAUUAAAAGCACAAGAACACGGGAACUUUGA